GUGAGCUGUGGGUGCGCGGAGGUUGGGGCUGCAGGGUGGGCGAGCGGCCGAGAUGGUCCCCUCCGGGAGACUCGCGGCCCCCUUGGUCGUCCUGGGCCUGCUGCUGUGCUGGGCUCCUCGGACGCUGGGACGGCGGAGCGACGUGCGCGUCAUCACCGAGGAGAACUGGAGAGACUUGUUGGAAGGAGAAUGGAUGCUGGAAUUUUAUGCUCCAUGGUGUCCAGCUUGUCAGAAUCUUCAACCAGAAUGGGAAAGUUUUGCGGAAUGGGGAGAAGAUCUUGAGGUCAAUGUUGCAAAAGUAGAUGUCACAGAUCAGACAGGGCUGAGUGGACGAUUUAUCAUAACUGCUCUUCCUACCAUUUAUCAUUGUAAAGAUGGUCAUUUUAGACGCUACCAAGGCCCAAGGACUAAGAAGGACUUCAUAAAUUUUAUAAGUGAAAAAGAGUGGCAGUCUAUUGAACCUGUUUCAUCAUGGUUUGGCCCAGGUUCUUUUCUGAUGAGUGGUAUGUCAGCUCUCUUUCAGCUGUCUAUGUGGAUCAGGACUUGCCACAACUAUCUUACUGAAGACCUUGGAUUGCCAGUUUGGGGAUCGUACACAGUUUUUGCUUUAGCAACUCUGUUUUCAGGACUACUACUAGGACUUUUGAUGAUAUUUGUGGCAGAUUGCCUUUGUCCUUCAAAAAGAUAUAGACCUCAGCCAUACCCUUCCAAAAAAUUAUCUGAAUCAUCUCAAUGGAUGAAAGAAGUGGAGGAAGAACAGGAGGCUGAUGAAGAAGAUGCUUCAGAAGAGGAAGCUGAAAGUAAAGAAGAAACACACAAAGACAGUACCCUAAGACAGCGUCCUGUGGGCCCAUCACUGGCCACAGAUAAAUCCUAGUUCACUUUUAUAAAAAUCUUAAUAUGAUCUUGACAAAACAGAAGCCUGAAAUUUUCUUUUGAAUUGAAGAUAACUGUGACUUGCUUAUAUAUCCAUUGCAGGGUUCAGUCUAGAUUGUCAUUAGAUUGAACAGUCUACUUUCAGAAAGUAAAGUACCUAAGAACUUUGGAGGUUAUAGUUAAGAGCAGUAUGGUGGUUUAUUAACUCUUAAAUUUUUUGAUGAACUUUUGGAAAUACCUGGUGCCAACUCAUAAGAUUUGUGUGUUUAAUAUUAAUAACCUUUCAAUUUUGAGUUGAGAAAUUACAUUUCCCAAGUAUUGCAUUAUUGAGGUAUUUAAGGAGAUUAGAGAAAACAAUUUCUCACUUGAUGUAUUUUUUUCUCAGUUUCACUGUGUGAAAAAGAACAUUUCCCAUAAAUGGGAGCUUUGCCCAUGUUCUCAAGAAAUGUAUAUCUCAGUAGCAACUCUGUGCUCUUUUUUGAUGAUACAGUACAAAGUUUUCUCACAUUUUAGAUUAUGCACCUAAUAAAAGAGAUCUUUAAUUUUCUGCACAUAAGUUGUGUUUCCUUGUGGGAACUGCUAUAAGUUAGGGAGGUGGUUUUUUUUGUUUUUUGUUUUUUUGUUUUUGGCCUUUUUUUCCCCCUCUAAAUUUAUUGUGUUGUUUCAUUCUUAUCAAGAUUCCUUGCUUUUCUAUUCUCUUUGUUCCAGUGUGUUAUUUCUGCUUUUCUAACGAUCAUGGGGUUAUACUUUAUAUUUUUCAACUA